AUGGGGGAAGUGGUGGCAUCCGUGGGGAUGCAGCCCUCGUCCUGGUCAUUUGUGCCAGGGGGUCUCUGCUCCACCGUGGUCCGUCUGCCCGCUGGGGCUGAGCUGCCUCUUCUUUUCCAGGAGUGAUCGCCCUGCGCAGCCCACCGCUAUGAUGCUGAGAACCCGCGGACGCCCCUCCGGAACCUUCCCGACCUCUGCUCUGACUACUGCUCUGCAUUCCACUCUAACUGCCGCUCCGCAGUCUCCCUGCUGCUCACCAAGGACCGCCGCCUCCAGGAAUCCCAUGAAAAGGAUGGCGCGCGCUUCUAAUGGCUCCUCAACCUUCCCGACAAGGCCCACUGCUUCCCUAACGUCUUGAGGAGUGGCCAUCUCAACCGCAACCUGGGGGUGGUGGGCGAGAACCCUCGGGGCUCUGUGGCCCCCGGGCUGAGGAACCCGGUCUCCAUGGUCCACGCUGGGGACGGCACCCGUCACCUCUUCGUGGCCGAGCAGGUGGGGGUCUAUCUGCCUGAUGGGAGUCGCCUGGAGCAACCCUUCCUGGACCUCAAGAGCAUCGUGCUGAUCACUCCCUGGAUGGGGGAUGAGAGAGGCUUCCUGGGGUUGGCUUUUCAUCCCCAAUUCCACCGCAACCACAAGUUCUAUAUUUAUUAUUCAUGCCUGGGCAAGAAGAGGGUCGAAAAGAUUCGGAUUACUGAGAUGAAGCUUUCUCGGGCAGAUCCCAGCAAAGCUGAUCCCAAAUCGGAGAGUCGACUUAUGGCUUUGCAGGAAGAUAGAAAAACCAAGAAAUGGGAGAAACAGGACAUUUGCCUGGGCAACACUGAGUCUUGUGCCUUCCCAGGGUUGAUCAGCACAUACAGCAAAUUUAUCAUCUCCUUUGCUGAAGAUGAAGCAGGGGAGCUCUACUUCCUGGCCACCUCCUACCCAAGCGUCUACACACCGCAUGGAUCCAUUUACAAAUUUGUUGACCCAUCGAGGUGGGACUUGGCACCUCCAGGCAAGCGCAAGUACAAGCCAGUGCCGGUGAAAACCAAGAGUAAGCGGGUCCAGUUCAGGCCACUUGCUAAAAUGGUCUUGGACUUGCUAAAGAAGAAGUCCGAGGAAGCUGCUAGAAAACUGUCCAAUGCAAAUUUAGCUUCCAGUCCAGACCGGACCUCAUCUCAGAAAGGCUCAUCCAAGAAGCCGGCUUCUCCCACAAGCAGCAGGAAGACGUUUCCAAGGUCUGGUGCAAAGCAGAGAGCCAGAGCGUGGUCCCCAGGCCCCCAGGGGAAGAGGAGGAAGAGCCCGAGACGCCCCCGAGGCAGAGGCAGCCAGUCGGCAAAGUGGAGGCGAGCUGGCAGAAGUGUCCCUCUGCCUCUUCGGUCACGGUGA